AUGAAUGUUCAAGGUUCAAGUCGUGCUGGGUUAACGGCAUCUGCCGCUCCCAUUGACAGCAUUAGCCCUUCACGUGUAUACAACAUCACCAGACCACUCUUGCAUCGACACUACAUCAUCAGCUCAGCGGAUGAUCAGCCCCUACUCUACGGCGAAAUAUCCUCGUUUACCCCCAACAAGCCAGAUCUUACUCUCCACGCUGGUGCCAGCAGCCAGGCACCAAUUGUGGCCGUGUCCAAUUUCCUGAAGCUUUCUGGGAACUACAAACUAGGCAUAGGGAACCCAGACGCUGCGGGCAACAUGAUUUGGGAGGACAUGACCAAGGAACUUAUUCACAAACCAAAAUAUCGCUUCGAGAUGAUAAUUCCACUUGAACCUGAUCAGUCUCAAGGCGAAAGGCGUGCAUUCCUGUGGAAGCGAACGCACAGUGUUGGUAUUGGUGAUUCAGCCCCAUCUAAAUGGACCACUCAGAACUAUAAGCUCGUGAAUGAGCGCACCGAGAAGGUUCUAGCGGUCUCUUCAGGCGCGACCAGACCAGGCAGAGUUGGGAAGCUUCAAAUCAGAGUAGAGUACGGAGAGGAGUUCGAUCGUAUGGUGUUGAUUUCUUGUUUGAGUUUGUAUGAAAAGGCAAGACGGCGCAGACAUCACGCAGCCGGUGGUGGCGGCGGUGGAGGAGGCUAA